GCUGUCGUCGGCUACUCGUUGACCGUGAAGUUGGCCGCGCGGCGGUGGCGGUCUGCUAUUCUCGCCUACAGCGUCAAUUACGUCCUUCUGGUUAUUCAGUUCGCUGGUUCGUUCACGUUCGUUUCAGGAGGGACUCGAGGAAAUUUUUCAGGAAGUCAAUCAUGGGCAACACUCUUACCACAGCGUCAGUGUCGGCUGCUGACGUGAUAGCACCGUUGUCUCAAGAAAUCGUCAAGCCGGACUCUCACGGGACGCAGGAGAAAGGGAUCGUACCGCCACCGGAGUGUCCCAUGCACAAGUCGGGUCAACUUAACACUAUAAAUUACGCCAGCGAGUGUCCGAUAGACAAAAUGGACGAAAAUGAGAUAAAUCCGUUAAACAUGAUGCCACCGGGGAAUCAGCAGCCUGCUCCAGACCAACCGUUUCCUCUGCCGACCGACAGGCAGGUCUCGUCGAUACCCAAGGCAACCGGGCAAGGAGAAUUUUGGGUGUACCCCUCUCAGCAGAUGUUCUGGAACGCCAUGCUGAGGAAGGGAUGGCGGUGGAGAAGCGAGGAUAUCUCCCAGAAAGACAUGGGCGACAUAAUAAAGAUUCACAACGCCAACAAUGAGCAGGCGUGGCAGGAGGUUCUUAAAUGGGAGGCUCUUCACGCGCGAGAGUGCGGCAAUCCCAAGCUGCGCAGCUUCGGUGGAAAAGCGACCAAGUACUCUCCGCGCGCGCGAAUUCGCCAUUGGCUGGGAUAUGAGCUGCCGUUCGAUCGGCACGAUUGGAUCGUAGAUCGCUGUGGUAAAGACGUGAGAUACGUUAUCGAUUACUACGACGGUGGGAAAGUUAACGACGAGUACAAGUUCGCGCUACUCGACGUGAGACCCGCGAUGGAUUCAUGGGACAAUAUCUGGGAUCGGAUGAAAGUGGCAUGGUGGCGUUGGAAAUACCAGUCCAACGAUGAACCAGUGUCAACGGCCACGGUGCAUUAGUUUGGGAGUUGAUGCCAGUGUAAGAUGCCCUAGCCUGAGGAACUUUUAUUGAAUUAAUGCCUUAACGAUUAUGCAACAUAAUGCGUGGGGAGAAAUAUCGCGUGUUAUACACAUAACUUGUGUACAUAUAAGUUAUUAUACACAUAAGUAUCAUAAAAAGUUUAUGAUAUUUAGUUUCACAAAUAUCAUCAGAUAUGAAAGCGGAUUAAAAAGUAUCCGUACAUAAUAAUAAAUAAAUUUUAUAUAUUUUAUAAAUAUACACGUGUAUAGACAUACCUUUUUCGUCCAUUACAUAUAAAUCAGUUGAAAUUUAUCUGCGGUGUCUGCUAGCAAUCACUGAAAUUUCACAGUUACAAAAAUAAUUUAAUUACAAAUUUGUUCUAAAUCAUAGAAUUGUUAUUAAAUUGUAUACUGUACAUCUAUACAAUAAUCUAUAUAAAAACACUUAAAUAUUUCAUUUUGUAAUUCUAAGAUAGGUUGUUAAUAUUAUAGUGACAUUUAGCAAGUUGUUGCCAAUUAACAUAAAAUAUUCUCUAUUUAAUUGUAAGUAUAUAAAAACUAGAUAAAAGAAUUGUAUAUAUAUUUAUUUUGUAGAUAAUGAUGUUAAUUUUUCACGAGUGUAUAUCUCUAAUUUUAUAUACUCAUGACUGUAUUAUUUAUUAAAAUUUAAGAACUACUGCCUUCCCUCGUCAUACAAAACGAAAAAAAUAUGAGGAUUGGACUUGUGAACGAACUUCAAAUUAAUGCAUUGAAAAAACGUUACAAUGAAUUGACCAGAAAAUAUUAAACAAUUCAUAUCUUCGUUAUACAAAAUUGCUUAAUUACACGUUUUAAAUUAGGAAAUAAAUAAUUUGAUUAAUAUUCACAAUUA